UAGAAAACGAAAAGUUGGCCAGUUCCCAGUUGGUAUACACCCCUUGCCGCUUUGGGCUUGGGGUUAGCUUAGAUUCUUUUGUGUUCUAUUUUAUUUCUGGUUUUAAUGCAUUUUUAAAAAGUUCAUCUUUUGUUCACCGUUACUAGAAAUGGAUAACAAAACGGUGGCAAUAAUUGCUGUUGAGCAGAAGUUCGAUAAAAGCCAAAUCCCAGUGCCAGGAUGCAGCUCUGUAUCGUCUCUAUUCAACGAUGAUAGUGAUGAUGAUUAUGAUGAUACACAACGUGCAGGCUGUUCUUUCAAAAAAGAAACGCAUGUGAAGCAAGAAGUGGCAGAACGUUCAGACGAGGAUUCGAGCACAGUGAAAAUGUGGCCUUCUAACCGCAGACAAUAUGGCGCUGCUAAAGCAAGAAAAAUCGAGGUAAAGAAGGAAGAUAAUGCAUUUGAAAAUAAUAAAAUUGAAUCAAAUGAGUCAAACUUGCAGAAAGUUUCAACCAUAACUCAGAUGGCAGUUGAUAGCAGCCAAGAACCUACGCCAGGGUGCAGCACUGCAUGGUAUCCUAAUGAUGAUCAUGAUCAUGUUGAUGAUGAUGAUGAUAAUGAUAGUAUUGAUGAUGAUGAUUGUGAUGAUGACAAUGAUGUUGAUGAUGGUGAAUACACACAACAUUUGUGUCUGGAGGUCUUCAAUGAAGAAGCGCAUGAUUUUCCGGAGACUACAGGAAGUUCAGAAGAAUUAGACAGCAGCUCAGCGAAGAGUGAACCAGUGAUGUAUCCUCCCACCUGCAGUACAUCUCACCAGAGCAAUGCCACACAAGUAGCUGAAUUGGACAGUAAUAAAGCAAACAGCACUGCAUGCUCUCCAAUCAUUGAUGAUAAUGAUGAUGAUGGUGAUAACACACAACAUUUGUGUCUGGAGGUCUUCAAUGAAGAAGCGCAUGAUUUUCCGGAGACUACAGGAAGUUCAGAAGAAUUAGACAGCAGCUCAGCGGAGAGUGAACCAAUGAUGUAUCCUCCUACCUGCAGUACAUCUCACCAGAGCAAUGCCACACAAGUAGCUGAAUUGGCCAGCAAUAAAGCUAACAGCACUGCAUGCUCUCCAAUCAUUGAUGAUGAUGAUGAUGAUGGUGAUAACACACAACAUCUGUGUCUCGAGGUCUUCAAUGAAGAAGCGCAUGAUUUGCAGGAGGCUGCAGGAAGUUUAGAAGUGGAGUGCAGCUCAGCGAAUAGCGAACCAGUGAUGUGUCCUCCUCCCUGCAGCACAUCUCACCAGAGCAAUGCCACACAAGUAGCUGAAUUGGACAGCAAUAAAACACUUUCUAUCAAUCAACCAAAUAAUGUCCAUGCAAAAAAGGCUAUGCUCUAUAGGUGUGCUCACUGCAACUUUGAAACUCGCCAGUUGCAAUAUUUGAAAAAUCACAUUGCAAAAAAACAUGCUGGAGAAAAACUCUCUAACUGUGGUUUUUGUGAUUACAAAUCAUCCAAUUUAGUUGAUUUGAAAAGACAUCUUAAAAUGCAUUCUGGCGAAAAACUCUUUAGUUGUAAGCUCUGUGAUUAUAAAACUGCUGAACCAGCUAAAUUAGUAAAACAUCUACAAAUAACUCUUUCAGACGUAAAACAUCUCAAAAAACAAACAGGCAAAAAAUAUUUUAGUUGUCAAUUUUGCGAUUAUAAGUGCUAUCGUAUAAGUAAUUUUAAAAUACAUUUAAUGAUUCAUACAGGUGAAAACCCUUUCUGUUGUAAAUUCUGUGACUAUAGAUGCAAUGAGUUAGGCAUUUUAAAAGAACAUAUCAGCCAAAGUCAUGCGGGAGAAGAGCUUUUCAGAUGUGGAAUUUGUGAAAAGAAUUUUAGUACUAAAUCCAAUUUGAGAAAUCACCUCACAGUACAUACAGAGGAAAUUCCAUUCAGAUGUAAAUUUUGUGACUAUAAAUGCAAUCAGUCAAUUGAUAUGAAAAUCCAUCUAAGAUCAAAUGAAGGCGAAAACCCUUUCAGCUGUAAGUUGUGUAAAUAUUCAUGUGCUUGUGAAGGUCUUUUAAAAGUUCAUCUCAAAACCCAUGAAAGCAAAAAAUCGUUCAUUUGCGAAUUUUGUGGCGUUCUAUUCAGUAGGAUACACUAUUUUUCAGUUCAUCUCAGAACACAUACGGGAGAAAAGCCUUUCAGCUGUAAAUUCUGUGAUCGUAAAUUCUCUUCGUUAGACUGUUUGAAAAAGCAUCUCAGAACACAUACUGGUGAAAAACCUUUCAGUUGUCAAUUUUGCGAUUAUAAAACCUCCGCCACAGGUAAUUUAGAAAGACAUGUAAGAACACAUACUGGUGAAAAGCCUUAUUGUUGUGAAUUGUGUGAUUACAAAUGCAAUCAGUCAGGUAUACUGAAAACCCACAUCAGGACUCAUACAGGAGAAAAAACUUACAAAUGUGCAUUCUGUAACUUCAAAUGUAGUGACAAGGAUAGUUUAAAAAUUCAUCUCUUAACACAUGAAGGCGAAAAACCUGAAAAUCGACUAAAAAACCAUAAAAGAGGAAAAUCUUUCAUAUGUGAAUUUUGUGGCGUGUCAUUAAGUAACUCACGUCAAAUUGCAGAUCAUCUCAGAACACAUACGGGAGAGAAGCCUUUCAGCUGUAAAUUCUGUGAUCGUAAAUUCUCUUCGUUAGAAUAUUUGAAAAUGCAUCUCAGAACACAUACUGGCGAAAAACCGUAUAGUUGUCAAUUUUGCGAUUAUAAAAGCUCCGCUAAAAGUAAUUUGCAAAGACAUAUAUUGACUCAUACUGGUGAAAAACCUUAUAGUUGUGAAUUGUGUGACUUCAAAUGCACUCAGCCAAGUAUUUUAAAAGUUCACAUCAGGUCACAUACAGGAGAAAAACCGUAUAGCUGCAAGUUAUGCCCCAAAAAAUACUCAGAUUCAAGAAAUUUGAAAAGACAUCUCAAAAAACACGAAGUAGAAAAGCCCUCACAGCCUUAAAUUCUCCAGGGUUUAUGAAUUCUGGUUCUGAUAGGAAAACAUUCUGCUGUAAAAAAAAAUUUCCACUGAAUGAAUGCAGACCUUUUUAGUUUUCUGUUGUAGUUUAAUUUGUAAACAACAUUUCCAUUUUUAUUGGCAUAGUAAUCAUCAGGGCCAGAAUCUCUUCAAAUGUGUGAGCCUUUGUGAAUAUGAUCAUGAACUAAUCUAUAAUGAGUUCUCUUAACUAUUUUCUAGGCUGACUGAGAACAUAGUGAAGCAACAAAGCAAUAGUGUUCCCUAGUGCAUAGUAGAUUUCGAUGGGUGACUAAUUCUUGAAGAAAAAUUAUUUUUCAAUUCAAUGGUUAUUAAUGUGAUUUUAAAAUGUUGCCAUUUAUUGUACAAUAAGUGAAAAAUGUUUUUGAUGAUAAAAUCUGCCAAAAAUAAUAAUCUGCAGCCAUUACACAGUCAUUAUCUGUUAUACGAUCUAAUUCAUACUAAACUCGCUGUUUUUGGGCUGGGAUUGGUCCUAUUUCUGAGUCCAGGGUCAUGGCUUGUUGCUCCGUAAACAACAUUGCAACUCUACAAUUGCCAUGAACUCUGUGAAUGCUUUGUUCCAGGCAGCAUCAUUUCCUAAAACAGGGACGAAUUCUUUUCCAUGACCUGCAACCUCAUUACAUGGGUUUACUAACUUAAUGUCGAGAGUUUCCCUGAGCUCUCAGAACUAUCUCAGCGCAGAAAUAACUAGUUCAAUUUGAAUUUGAUGGAAUACUUUAUCAAAUAACCAGAAAAUUAAUGUAAUAUUUUAUCAAAUUGAAAACAAUACAACGAUGAAUACAAUAAGCUGUAAAAUGAUUUUUUGACUAACCAGCCGAAGCGUGAGUGGUGAAAGAUGCAAAGCAGUUUGAACGAACUGUAGGAUAGUGAAUGGCCCGCUAUACCUAAUAAUUUAAACUCACAUUAGGCCUACCAGCCUUCAGAGAUUGGCCAUCACAUAAUACAAUCAUUGCUCAAAGAGGCUGCUACCUAUAUUUUGAAUAUCCAUGGUGAUAUUAAUUAAUAUUAUUAUUCAUAUUUUUGAAGGGACGGAUUCAAGGAUCCAAAGGUUCAAAGAACCCCACACGUCAACCGAAGCUUAUUGUGUUCCCAAGUAGUAUGUUAGUGAAGCAAACCAAUACAUGUGUCCUUUACAAUAACCAGGAGUUUUUCCCUAUGCUAACAUCCCAUUCAUCACCUGGUUGCUUGACGCAAUCUAGUGUGAUAUGCUUGGCAGUCUCUUCAGACUGAUUAGUCCUCGUAACCUUCGUGAGUAGCACUCCUGGCCUUCUUUGAAAGUCCUUUCGCUGAGAGAGGGGCGCCAAACUGCCUCUAGGGCUCCCGGCGCCCGGCCAACCUCGACUCAGCCUCUUGACCCACAUUUGUGCCUGGAGUUUCAUCCAUCUCUGGUAUCUUGGGUUUUUCUUUUUGCCCCUCCGAAACUGCCCAGAUGGGGCAGAUCCCGUGGGUUUGAAGGCAAGACAACUUUCGGAGUUGCCUUGGGGUCCCUUUUAGGCGCCAAGCAGGUAUACUGUGGGUGAAUUCUGGCUUUCAACACAUUUUUGAGUACGAUGUUCGACUCAAAGCUCCCCCAACCCACAUGGGGCGACUACCACCAGGGAACACUCAAGUGAAUACUUAUUUUGAUACCGUACUCAAUUUUUUCAUUAUUGUAGCUGUCAAUUAUUAUUGUUUAAUUAUUUUAUGUGAAUAUUAUUUCUAUUUACAAUUAAGAUAAUUUUGUAAAUUGUAUGUUGACAAUAAAAGAAAGUUCAAUCUAUAUAAAGCUGAAUCAUUUAUUUAAUUGAAUUUAUAUAAAUUAUUUAUUGUUCAUCUAGGGACUCUCAUUUGAGGGAGUCCAAUAAUAUUAUUGUUGAUUCUCAAAACCUGUCUUCUUAAAAUUGUUUUUGUUGUACAUAAUUGUUUCAGUACAGUACCUAUUUUUUAUUAUGACAAGAAGGUUUUCAUGAAACAACACGAUUAAUACGGAGUAUUA